CUCCCCGCGGAGGCGGGUCGGGAAGAACGCAUAUAGGGAUGUCCCGGGGGCGGAUAGGAGAAGUGGCCCCCGUUAGCCCGGGCAAGGGGGAAAGAGAGAGUUGGCAGAAGGUGUUUUUCAGCAGCCGCACGUUGGAUAGCUCCGCGAUGCGCCCUGCGCAGAGGCUGCUUUUCCCGGGAUAAAGCCUCUCCGAGCAUCCUCUCCCGAGUGGUCCAAGCUGGGACGGCAAUAAGCCCGGCCUUCCAGGACUGGCACCCACGUGCCCAAAGCGCCCGCUCUUCUGAACCUUGCGCAAGGCGCUGCGUCCCUCCCCAGGCAACGGGGCACGGAAGAGCAGGGGAAAGUUGCCACAGGGUCUCUGGCCUCCCUUCCCAGCUGCUGGAAAGGUUUUUUCUUUUUCCCAAGGAGGACCCCCAUGGAGAAGCAGCGACCCUCGGGACCGUCCCCGCAGCUGGACGGGAACCAGAGCGUCUCUGGCCCCGGGAUGCCCGAGCCCGAGCGGGGCACGGCGGUGCUGGUCAUCCGCUGCGUGAUCCCAUCCCUCUACCUGCUCAUCAUCACGGUGGGGCUGCUGGGCAACAUCACCCUGGUGAAGAUCUUCGUCACCAACAGCGCCAUGAGGAGCGUGCCCAACAUCUUCAUCUCCAGCCUGGCCGCCGGGGACCUGCUGCUGCUGGUCACCUGCGUGCCCGUGGACGCCUCUCGCUACUUUUUCGACGAGUGGAUGUUCGGGAAAGUGGGCUGCAAGCUGAUUCCGGCCAUCCAGCUCACCUCCGUGGGGGUGUCGGUCUUCACCCUCACUGCCCUGAGUGCGGACAGGUUCAAGGCAAUUGUGAAUCCCAUGGAUAUCCAGACAUCAAGUGCAGUUUUGUGGACCUGCAUUAAGGCCAUUGGAAUCUGGUUGAUCUCUGGGGUACUAGCUGUGCCCGAAGCCAUUUUCUCCGAAUUGGCACACAUCAAUGACACGAAUGCUAGCUUCACUGCUUGUAUACCCUACCCCCAGACUGAUGAUUUACAUCCCAAGAUCCAUUCUGUGCUAAUUUUCUUGGUCUAUUUUCUUAUUCCACUCACCAUCAUUAGUGUUUAUUAUUAUCACAUUGCAAAAACAUUGAUUAAAAGUGCCCACAAUAUCCCGGGAGAAUACAGUGAACAUUCCAAAAAGCAGAUGGAAACUCGGAAGCGCCUGGCCAAAAUCGUCCUGGUCUUCGUUGGCUGUUUUGCUCUGUGUUGGUUUCCCAACCACGUGCUCUACAUGUAUCGGUCCUUUAACUACAACGAGAUCGACCCAUCCCUGAGCCACAUGAUCAUCACGUUAGUGGCCCGAGUCUUGAGUUUCUGCAAUUCUUGCGUCAACCCUUUUGCGCUCUACUUACUCAGUGAGAGCUUUAGGAGACACUUCAAUAACCAGCUCUGUUGCAGGAAGAAGUCUUACCAGGAAAGAUCUACCAGCUAUCUGCUUAGCUCUUCUGCCGUGAGAAUGACUUCUCUGAAAAGCAAUGCUAAGAACACAAUGAUCAAUCCUGCCUUACUAAAUGGGCACAGUGGGAAGCAGGAAAUGUCGCUGUGACUUUAGUCAUAAAAUCCAUUAUGUUAAUAGAACCUACAGGCUGAGCAAUUUUUUCCUUCUUAUUCCAAGUUGUUCAAUGGAUUUAGUAGAGGACUGACUUAGCAAGGUCAGCUCAGCUAAGGCAGGGCAGUUAAUACCCAUUUUUUUCAUUGAUCAGGACCUAUAUUUGUGCUUACUAUGUAAAGAAUCACUGGGAAAUUGGUAGAAAAUAGCUCUAUUGAAAAUAGUAUUGCUACAGGGUUUAGGCAAACGCUGAAGGUGACAACAGAAUUUUUUUUUAGAAGGUUUCUUCCAACACUAUUCCAUAAGUAGGUGUUUGUUUUCAGGAUUUAUCUAUCCUAAAACCUUGGGUACAGGUAAAAUCUCAAAUAUGAGCUUACAUGUGAAAGAGACCUGAAUCUUCUGAUGGAAAGUCAAAGCAUACAGCAAACCCACACUUGAAGUUUACCUGCAUCUCAAGUUUAGCACAUAUAAAUCCUGAAAACACUUAACCACUUAUGGAAUUGUGUAGGAAGACACCUGGGAAAAAUAUUCAGCUGUCAUUUGAAACAAAACCUCACCACUAAAUACAAAAUAAUGCCAUUCACCCAGGGAACAUUAGUGCAUGGCAUAAUGGGAAGCAGCAUAACACAGUGGAUAGAGCAUGGGUCUGGGGGUCAGAAGGU